UUAGCCCACAACCAACUCUUUUAUUUUAUUUGUUUAAACCAAAAACGUGAAAUGUUAAUAAAUGUGUGCCGACUUUGCGGCAGGAGCCGGCUGUGCCCCAAAGCCGUGGUGCUUUUCAAGCCCGGCAGACAGGAUGUUUUACGUCGCAUCCAACUAAUAACCGGAAUUCGCCUUCAGCAGAUUCCCAAUGCUCCGGAUAUGGUGUGCUUCUGCUGCCAGACCGAUCUCCAUUCGGCCAUGAUUUUCCGGAGGCAGUGCAUCCUGCAGCAGAAGAAAUGGGUGCCCUUACAGCAAGGGGAUGAAGUGGGGGCCAACGAGGCGGAGAAGGUAGAACCCAAUGAUCCCUCACCUAAGAAGAAAACGAACCAGUGGCGGAGGGGGCGAGCCAGGGUGCCACUGGAAAAAGUGGAUAUUGUCGUAAAAAACGAGAAUAAAGCUUCACCGGAUGCACCAGUUGGUGAUGACGAAUUUGAUCAGCCAGUGGAGAUCUCCAAUGAGCCGGAGGCCACGGAUAGCGAUGUUAAGCUGGAGGAAGUCGAUCUUCCAGAUGAGGAUGGCUUGGAGUCGGAUCACGAUUUGCCCGAUGUUCAAAUCCACAAGUGCGCCACCUGUGGAGUUAUUAAAAACAAUAAGUCAUCUCUGGACAGGCACCAGUUUGAACACUCCGGACUAAGGCCCUUUCCCUGCCAGGAGUGCCCAAAGACCUUUUUGGCAGCGAGUGAGCUGCAGGCCCACAAUCUCACCCACCACACCGUGGAGCCCCCGUUUGCCUGUCGCUACUGCGAUCGUCGCUACUUCUCCGUGGUGGGCAGGAAGAAGCACGAGCGUGUCCACACCAACGAGCGGCCCUUUGUGUGCGAGCAGUGCGGCAAGGCGUUCACCAGGACCUGCAUCCUGAAGGCCCACAUGGCGUCCCACCAAGUUGAGAGGAAGUAUAGUUGCGAUGUCUGCGAUCGUUGGUUCAGCCUGAAGAAACACUUGGCCACCCACUAUGUCUCCAAUACCCACAAGCGGAAUGCUGAAGCCAUCACAUCGUCGUCGGAAUACAUGUCCAUGCUCAGUUAUGAAUCCGAUGAAACCUGGUCCCAAGCCACCUCACUGACCCCACUGACCAGUUCCAUUGACGAAGAUCUGGUGCAGGUGCAGUUCGACAUUUUGUGCCAGGAAGGUUAAUUCAGCUACAGCUACCAUAUGAUUUAUCAAAAUACCAAAAACAAGAAACAAAUUUAGGUAAGAGCUAAUCCACAAAGACUUAACAGCACAUAAACCUCAAAAGACAAUAUCAAGUUUGGGUCUAAAAAUAUUGAUCAAAUUUGGAAAUUCCUUAAAACCCUGCAACAGUAAGACAGCUUCGGAAAAUAUAUAGCUUUUUAUAGUUCGUAGUUUUUCAAAUCACCUCUCAACGGCCAUGUUAUUUGCGACUUUUUGCUAUUUUUUGCAUAAUUUACAUGUGCAUUGCAAUUGGUCGAUUGCUUCCUUGAUAUCACAAAAGUGCCUAUAUUGUCUUAUAGAGACGUAAAUAUAUAUACGCACAUACUUAUUGGGCUGGAAAGGUAUUUUUACUAGAAAAUCUCAAAAAAUAAUAUGCAAUUAUAAAAGGUAAUCUCAAAAAUUAUAUUGAAGUUUUUAAACUUUAAAAAUCGUCUUCCAAAAAUCGUAACUAACGAAUUAUUGAUAAACACUAAAUCGGUAGUUAUCUAAGAUAUAUUCAAACAUCAGGUGUUAACCCAAAAGGUACAAAAACGAACAAACAUUUUAAAAUGAAAAUAUUUUCUGAAUACAUAGCGACACAUUUUUACGUGGGCUAUGCGGAUUUACCAAAACAUAAAUAUAGUGUUAUUUGCUUUGUUUUUAAAAGUUGAACCUGCACAUCCUUAUCUUGCAGAUGUUACUUAUUUGAAGUGUAAUACCCACAAGUUCACUUUAUUGAUUUCAUUAACAUUAUUUACACCUAUUAUUAAGUUUUAACUUUGUAGGCAGUUUCUGUUUUAUCAGACUGCUCCAGUUGUUAACAGA